UGAAAACAAUCGAAGGACCGAUGUGGCUGAGGACUUCAUCCUCAUGUUUACUGUGACCGAUGAGAAUAUGAGCUAUUAUAUCGAUGACAAUAUCGAAAGGUUUGCCGCAGAUUCAGACCCAGAGGAUGAGGAUUUCUUGGAGAGUAACAGGAUGGACAGCGUGAAUGGCUAUCUGUACGGAGCUCUGCCAGGAUUGGAGAUCUGUCAAUCAGAUAAGGUGGCCUGGCACAUCAUGGGCAUCGGAACGGAGAUCGACGUCCACACAGUCAACUUCCAUGGCAACGUACUGGAGCUACGCAACCACCGUGUGGAUACUCUCAGCUUGACUCCGGCUGUAAUAUCAUCAGCUGACAUGGUGGCUAUCAACCCCGGUACAUGGCUUGCUAAAUCUCAUGUCGUCACUCACCAAACUGCUGGUUCCCAGGUUCUCUACACGGUCAACCCUGACUGUGGUCCAGGAGCGGAUGAGGAACCCCUUGCAGGACAGACGAGGGACUACUUCAUAGGCAUCUCAGAGAGUGUGUGGCAUUAUGGCCCUGAUGAAAUAAACGGACUGGAUGGAAGAGAUUUGACUGAUCCCGAAAGCGAGUCAUUCCCCUUCUUCACCGACACCGCAAACCGCAUCCCCGGAACCUACCUGAAGGCCAGGUACGUCCAGUACUCCGACGGCGACUUCACGCCCGACAAACUGAUCGUGAGGACCGCAGAUGACCACCACAUGGGUGUCCGGCCGGUCAUUCGGGGCGAGGUCGGGGAUACCAUCCGGGUGACGUUCAAGAACACCGGGCGUGUCCCGCACAGCAUCCAUCCCAGAGGCGUGCUUUAUGAUAAAGCCAAUGAGGGUUCCAACUACGUGGACGGUACAGAUGAGGCUGAGCAGGCUGAUGGCUCGGUAGCCCCAAACGCCACCUUCAUAUACACCUGGACUAUCCCCCAGUCCAUAGGACCGACGGAUCUGGACCCAGACUGUCUGACGAUGGUGUACACGUCAGGAACGGAUGAAACGAUGGACCUGUAUUCCGGUCUCGUCGGACCUAUGCUGAUCUGCAAGGACGGGACUUUGGACGCUGAUGGAAACCGGAUGGGGGUUGACCGAGAGUUCUUCCUGCUCUUCCUGAUCUUUGAUGAGAAUCAGAGCUGGUAUAUUGAUCAGAACAUUGCAGACUUUGCUCUGGGAGCUAACCCAGAAGAUGAAGAUUUUGUCGCUUCUAAUCUCAUGACUAGCAUCAAUGGUUAUUCCUUUGCCAACCUGCCGGCCGUAGAGAUGACCGCAGGUGAGAAGGUCAGUUGGCAUGUCAUGGACCUGGGCAAGGACACUGACCAACACACUGCCUACUUCCACCAGCUGACCUUUGUGCUCGAAGGUCGUAGGGUCGAUGCCGUGCCCCUCUUCCCUGGUAUCGCCCAGACGAUCAUGACCGUCCCUGACAACCCAGGGACAUGGUUGAUUGAGUGUGAAACCAACACCCACUUUGCUCAGGGAAUGACGGCAGUCUACACAGUAAACCCGGGGGGUGUUUCUCAUUCGGCUGAGGUGACAGACAGUGGCACCGUCAGAACGCACUACAUCGCAGCGAUAGAAAUGGAGUGGGACUUCACGCCUCGCGUGUACGACCCCGUCCGGAGCCAGGCCUUGACCGAUGAGGACAGUCCGGGCUUCGUCUUCGUCAAUCGUGGAAACACGAGCAUCGGCAGCAGGUACCGCAAAGCCAUCUAUAGGGAGUACGUAGAUGACAGUUUUAUUAUACAGGUGGAGCGCACCACGAACGAGGACAAAGCGCUCGGUAUCCUCGGUCCGGUCAUCCGCGUUGAAGUCGGCGACACCCUCCGGGUCGUCUUCAAGAAUCUAGCCACCAAGCCUUACAGCGUCCACCCUCAGAACCUUCUGUCUGAUAAAGACAAUGAGGGCGCUACAUACGGUGACAGGUCCACGAGCGACAUGCCGGUCCUGCCGGGAGAGACGAAGACGUAUACUUGGACCGUCCCCGAGUCGCGAGCGCCGACCGAUAGCGAUGUGUCGUGUACGGCAUCUGUUUAUUAUUCCAGUAUACACAGAGGGAAGGACACCAACGCAGGUCUGGUUGGGCCACUUGUCAUCUGCAAGAAAGGCAACUUAGAUGCUGAUGGAAGGAGGACGGAUGUUGAAAAGGAGUUCAACCUGUUCUUCUCCGUGACGGAUGAGAAUAAGAGUUGGUAUCUACAACAGAACAUUGAUCAUUACUGUUUGACACCAACGGCGGUGGAUGUCAGUGACGGGGACUUUCAAGAGAGCAACCUCAUGCAUGGAAUCAACGGCUUGCUGUUCAACAACCUCGACCACCUUGAGAUGGAGGUUGGAGAGCGUGUCGCAUGGAAUCUACUUGGUCUCGGAGACGAGGUGGAUCUUCACACGGUUCACUUCCAUGGACACACCUUCACCUACCAGACCGAGCAUACAAACAGAUUGGAUGUCUCAGAACUUUUCCCAGGAACUUUCCUCACCCUGGAGAUGACCCCCGAUGACCCAGGCGUGUGGCUUCUUCAUUGCCAUGUCAACGAUCACAUGACUGCUGGCAUGGAGGCUUUCUAUUAUGUAAAUGAGGCUCCAGAAACUGCAGCUCCGACCACGGCAUCUAGUCCAAGCAUCAACCGGAAAAUGCAGUCAACGUGGGACUGAUUCUCAUCAUCGGCUUAUUUUAUCAACUACUCUAAAAAUAACACAAUAGGUCUGUUUUCAUCAGCUCGAGUUUACCAAAUAACCCGCGAUUUCCAGACUCGGGAUAUUAUCCCGAAGCUCAAAAUCGCAUUUUCACCAGACCAAUACGCUCAUCACAAAUUAGCUCAGACGAGCGCACAUUAGCUCACUACUUCCCAAAUAGCGGGAUAUUUUUUAAACAAGACCAAGCUUUCUUGGGAUAUAUUUUCUCGAUUAAAUAUCCCGCUGAUUGCAACUGGUUAAUUUGCGAUCGGGACAGUUAAAGUAGAGAGUUAUUUGGCAAACUGAAGCUGAUGAAAACAGGUCCAAUGAUUAAUCCAUCUUUUAAGGAAAAAAAAUGUCUUGCUACAUCUACUUUCUUUGUAGUUUCAUAAGGCAGGAGGUAUGUAUAUACAUGUACGUAUGCUAUAAAGUAUAAAUAUGUAUUUAUUUACUUCAUUUUCAGGAAUCCCCCCGAUACACAUACAAGUAUAAAUAUAUCUGUACCAAGAAAAGUGGUGUUGGUGGUUAUUUUACCUGACUGCUAAGAAAGCAUAAAAGUAGUUUACAUGCUGGCUCGUUCUGCAUUCAUUUCAGAUCUUUCAUUCUCUCAUGCAACUGACUUUGAAAUUAUUCCAUCUGUAAAUGAGAAAUAUACAUUCCUAAGUUUUUUAAGUUGG